AUUUACAUAUCUUGUGGUUCCCGGCGGAGUGUGCGUAUGGAGCGUUUGAGCAGUUUCCAAAAGACGAAGACACACCUCGAAGCCAACCGGUGACCGUGAGAUGCACUCUUUUUGACCGUUUCACCACUUUUUUUUUGUACACAGCUGGAAGCAGUGGUGACGCCGUUUGACUUUGUGAUUCGCGUGACCCUGGUCUGUCGCUGUCUCCAGGGAGGAGUGUCAUGGCCGAGCCCGACUUUCUGGAGGGUGACUGCGAUCAGCUCAUCAAACCAAAGAAGUUGAUCAACCCGGUCAAGAACUCCCGCAACCACCAGGACCUGCACAGGGAGCUGCUUAUGAACCAGAAGAGGGGCCUGGCUCCUCAGAACAAACCAGAACUCCAGAAGGUUCUGGAGAAGAGGAAGAGGGAGCAAGUCCUCAAGGCUCAGAAGGAAGAGCAGGAGGCACACAAGAAGAGGAGCGACUUGGAGAUUGAACUCAUGAAAAGACAACAGAAAUUGGAGCAGCUGGAGCUGGAGCAACAGAAGAACGAGGAGGAGCAGGAGAACACUCCUGAAUUUGUAAAAAUGAAGAGCAACCUGCGCCGGACCAAGCAGGAGACGGACGGCGAGGAGAGAACCACCUAGAUGUCACCAGAUUGUGUGUGUGGUGACCUAACUACAGUCCAAAAUGAACUUCCUGGCUGCCCGUACGACCUCACAGUUCCUAUCCCACAGUGAGGAGAGACUUUUACAGACUAAAGACCCCCUCUUGCCUGCCCGCCAAGGACCCCUAACCCAUUGCACACACACACACACACACACACACACACACACACACACACAGUUUUCUUUCCUUGUUUUCACUCCUUUCUCCACACACCACGCUGUCAUGUCACGGUGUCUUGUUUUUUUUUUUUUUUUGCAUCUUUGGGGGGUUUGUGCUCUCACCUCACAGAAUCACGGGAUGGAAAAGUGGACACUGGAUGAACUCUACAAGCUGUGUAAUUGUGAAAAAAGCCGAGCAAAAUGUGUUUUUCUUUAUUUAUGUUUGUAGCUUUUUAACCCGCUUCUAGAGGAAAGGCUGGGCUGGGGCUGGGGGUCGAGAUUGGGGAACACUUUUAUUAGUCGUUUUGUGUAUUUUUAGUUUGUUUUACUGCAUUUUUAGUUUGUGGAGCCAGAACGGGACAAAGGGAGUUAUUUUGUUAUUUCAAAAAACAUGCCACUUUCACAGCUAAUGAAAAUUUGAGCAAUAGAACUCUCCCAGGGCACGAGAGUGAAAUUUUCUUUAUAUAUCCUGUUGUUUUGUAUUAAUAAAAGUGUUAAAUACAUUGUGUAAUGUUUUUAGUGUACUCCAGAGAGUAAAAUCUUUCCAUUUCAGUGGAUUUUUGA